AUGGAGGGGUCCUCAGUGCUCAGCCCCUCCUCGUGGGAGAAACGACGCGCCUGGGCCCGGCAGAGCCGCUGCUGGAGGACCACAGUGGUGGAGGAGGAGGCGGCUGCAGCCAUGCAGGACAUCCCGGAGCUGCAGUCACCCCACCUGGACGACGUCUUCCUCGAAGGAAGCUCCUCCAGUAAGAUAGAGACGUGGCUGCAGGACUGCGGGUCAUCCUUGGAGGCGCUGCCGGAGGAGUUGUGCUCACUGGGUCCCUACGGCUGUGGGAGCAGCAGCACCAGCUUUGAGGACGACCUGACGCUGGGAGCUGAAGCUCUUCUGCUACCAGGGAACGAUAAAACCUUGGGCAGGGCUCUGCAGGGCAGACGCCUCAGCCUGGGGCACAGCAUGGCAUCCAGCGCGCCCUCCGGCCUCACCAACCGGACCAGCUCCAGCAUCUCCGAGGUUCUCGAUUGGUGCCAGGUGGACGCUGAGGAGAUCCUCUACAAUUUGGGAUUCGUGCAGCCGGGGCCGGGCGCUGUGACUCGCAUCCCUUCACGCUUCUUCUCCUCCCCAUCCCGAGCCAAAGGCAUCGACUUCCAGCUCUUCCUGAAGGCCCAGGUGCAGCGCCUGGAGAUGGAGGAUCCCUGCCUGAUGCUGGCCAGUCGCUUCCAGCAGGUCCAGGCUCUGGCUGCCACAGCAGACGCUUUCUUCUGCCUCUAUUCCUACGUCUCCAAGACCCCCCUGCAGCGCAUCUCCCCUUCACACCUCGCCUGGACCGACCCCGGCAUCCCCGAAAUCCGCAUCCCCCCCCCCAGCCCCCCACCCUCUCACCUGCAGAGCGUCUGAGGGCGGCCGUGUCCAAAAUGUGUCUGUAUGCCCCCCCCGGGCCGGGGGUUCCCUGGGCAGGGUGGUGCGGGAGGUGCUGGAGCGCAGCCGGGGGGAGAGGUUUUGCUUUGAUCCCGAUGAUGUGGAAA